CUAGUGGAGCAGAAGAUGGCGGCGGCAGCGGCGGCCGCAGCCGGGACCGCAGUUGGGCUGAGGUGGAGGAGCCGCCGGCUCUGACCUCGAUCUGGCUCCAGUGCGCGCAGUGGAGCGUGUGCGAGGCCCCGCGCGUCGGGCAGGAGCGGCGGCGGUCAGUGUGCGCCGCCCUGAGGAGCGCCCCGGCGGCGGCGCGGCUGCUGCUGAGGAGAGAGCCGGUUCCGGGCCUCCGCGUCCUCCUGCUCCCCUGGCCCCCCGCCUCCUCGGGGGGGCGGCGGCGGCGAUGUUCUCGGUCCUCUCGUACGGGCGUCUGGUGGCCCGCGCUGUGCUCGGCGGCCUCUCGCAGACCGACCCCAGGGCCGGUGGCGGCGGUGGAGGCGACUACGGGUUGGUGACGGCCGGCUGCGGCUUCGGCAAGGACUUCCGUAAGGGCCUCCUCAAGAAGGGCGCGUGCUACGGGGACGACGCGUGUUUCGUGGCCCGGCAUCGCUCAGCCGACGUGCUCGGGGUUGCAGAUGGUGUAGGAGGCUGGAGAGACUAUGGAGUUGAUCCCUCUCAGUUCUCAGGGACUUUAAUGCGUACAUGUGAACGUUUAGUUAAAGAAGGACGGUUCGUACCGAGUAAUCCCAUUGGAAUUCUCACCACAAGCUACUGUGAGUUGCUGCAAAAUAAAGUACCUUUGCUUGGUAGCAGCACCGCCUGUAUCGUGGUGCUGGACAGAACUAGCCACCGCUUACACACAGCAAACCUGGGCGAUUCAGGCUUUCUGGUGGUCAGGGGCGGCGAAGUUGUGCACCGUUCAGAUGAGCAGCAGCAUUACUUCAACACUCCGUUCCAGCUCUCGAUCGCUCCCCCAGAAGCCGAGGGAGUUGUCUUGAGUGACAGCCCGGAUGCUGCUGAUAGCACAUCUUUUGAUGUCCAAUUAGGAGACAUUAUCCUGACAGCAACAGAUGGACUCUUUGACAACAUGCCUGAUUAUAUGAUCCUUCAGGAGCUAAAAAAGUUAAAGAAUUCAAAUUAUGAGAGUAUACAGCAGACUGCAAGAAGCAUUGCUGAGCAAGCUCAUGAGCUGGCCUAUGACCCAAAUUAUAUGUCACCUUUUGCACAGUUUGCUUGUGACAACGGAUUGAAUGUGAGAGGUGGAAAGCCAGAUGACAUCACCGUCCUUCUUUCAAUAGUGGCUGAGUAUACAGACUGACUCACUGAGGUGUCAACUCCUGCCUUUCCUUUUACUGUCCCAGAUUUCCCCUGCCAUGUGUGCUGAUCCUGCUGGCAGGACCGCGUUUCUUUGCCUCUGAUCUCAAUGGCCAGUGAUGUAAGCCUUUUACCUUUUUGAGACCCAUUGAGAUCUUUGUUGAGAACCACUACUGUCAUUCAUUAGCUCAUAUCUGCCGGCAGUAAUUGAAGAGAAUCAAUAUUUGAAGAUUCGCCUUCAUUUCUCAUUGCCCUUUCCCUGAUGUGGAUGGAGGUUUGUUUUCAAGGCCAAAAUGGCUUAUUACUUUUCAAAAGCAGUUGAAGUAUUGAAAAUGAGUAAUGUUGGUAAAGUGAAUUCACAAUUACCAUGUGUUAAAGGGAUUUUAAGAGUCUAACACAAAUCAUACACAAUGAUACAUCUACUAGAAACAUACGUUAUUUAUCAAAGAAAUGUUACACAUGUAUUCCACUUGGAUAGUCUUUGUUAUGAUGAUUGGUGUGGCUUUAUGUUUUCUUUAUAAACUCCUAUUUUUCAGGGGCUUAUAAUUCUGCUCUAAAACAUUGCUCUGGGUUAUGAAAUCUUGAUUCCAGGAGCAUUUUUUUUGUUGUUACAAAUUGGAAGAAAAAUUCAUUUUAGUUCUAUGGAUGCAAAUAUUUUGUGCUUUAAAAAAGAUGCUUAAUUGUGUUCCUGUGAUUAAAGUUUUGGCAGUUUAUUGAUUAGUCCAAAUCACAGGCUAGUGGCCUGAUCUACAGUAGGGGUCGGGGAGACUCCUUACCAAAAUUUUUUAGUGGAAAUAUUACUCAAGAUUAUAAAACUCCUUAAAGCCUAGAAACUUAAUGUUGUGGCUGAAAUUCCUUCCAGCUGUCUGAUAGGAUGGCCCUGUUGGAGCUCUAGGCCUACAGGACAAGGAUGUCUGUAAAUUUGAAUUUUGUUGGCUUUUGAUGUUACUCUCAGACCUUGUGUUAGUAGUCUUGCUUUCUAUAGAGCAUGCACCAAAUUCAGUGAGUCCCUCCCCGUGAAAAGAACACUGUGUGCAGUAGCAACAGCACAAAAGUCCACAACGAAAACUCAUAGUGAUGAUCUGACAUUUGUAAUUACACCAAACAAAAAUUUAGGGGUUUCUGAAUUGAGCUUAAUGUUUACAGUUUCCAAAUAGCCAUUUUGCAGUGUAGUUUCCAUAUCAAAUUACCCCGCAUUUGGUUUUCCCAUUAUCUGCAAACUCAAACUUAUUUUUAAGGUUUGUGUACAAGUUGACUGCUGUAAAGAUAUGUAUUUUGGGGUCAGUUUUUUUCCUUCAUUAACUUGGUGGUAGAAAAGUAUAUAUACUUAGAAAUCCUUAAAUUAAAGCCAUGUUUUAUAUAUAAGUCAGGUAACAUUGGUGUAUAGAUGAGAAUGCAAUUAAACCUGAUGAGAAUCUACUUGAGAAUAUAGAAAGUCUUUUUCUCUGAAGGAGAUACUGACUCCCUGGUUUAUUGCAUUAAAACUUACGUUUGAGGUUACCUCAACUUGUUUUAAAAGACUUUGUUUUGUGAAUUUGUACUGUAUAUUUGAGUAACUGUUAAGCUUUUGUUUUAUUUAAAAUUGUUUAACAUGUACCAUGUACAUGUCAUUACUAUAUUUCAAUGCAUCAUGCUUGUAACAGGCAUUUCAUUUAUAAUAAGAAUGAGUUAUUCAUUUGUAAGCUGUUCAGUAAUUUAUCUACUAUUCCUAAAUUGGCAUACUGUUAGAUACCUAUUUUGAAUCACCUUUAAUUACAUGUCAGAAUGCCUUAACUACCCUAACUUGACAAAACAGAAUUCAUUGGUGGAAGAGAUGGGGGGCGGGGGGGGAUUGUGGAGGAAGACUCUCUUUAAAUAAGGAGAAGUCGUCAUGUUGUGAUAAAACACGGAAGCAUGAGUGGCAAGUGGUGGGGUAUUUAUUUUGCACAAACUAUUUGCAGUCUCUGCGUAUUUAAAAAGUAAAGAAAGUUCAUCCAGAAGGGUUUUGUUAGGAGGAAUACAAUUAUACUAGGACUGACAACUUCAGCUCUUUUGUUUGGAUUUUUAAUUAUUUUUGGUCAGAGGUGUGUAGCCUUAUGAUCUAGAUAUAUUUUGCGGGCCGGCCCGUGGCUCACUCGGGAGAGUGCGGUGCUGAUAACACCAAGGCCCCAGGUUCGGAUCCCAUAUACGGAUGGCCGGUUUGCUCACUGGCUGAGCGUGGUGCUGACACCACCAAAUCAAGGGUUAAGAUCCCCUUACCGGUCAUCUUUAAAAAAAAAAAUAUAUAUAUAUAUAUUUUUUGCAUUAAUUUUCCAGUGUCUACAUUUAAUUCUGGUAAGAGCAGUGCUAGUCAAAUUACUGGCUUUUCUCUGCUCUCAUUUAACCUGUCAGACGCAAUCUUUGUAAAGCUAGAUUGGUGGUGUUUUACACAACUCAUUUAAUCAACUUCCUUUUUUGAGAAAUGAUUGUUAGAAAUCGACAAUAUGUUUGUUCCAGUGAGGCUGAAAAUAGUCAAGAAUUGAGUUUCACAGUGGAAUUGACUUUGGACCUGGCCUGUAGAUUUGUGACAUAAAAUAUUUUUUCUUCUCCCGUGUCCUUUUUGUGUUAUGCACUCAAUUUUAUGACUGCCAGGGCUCAGUUGGAGUGCUGCUUAACAAGUAACUCUGCUACUCACAGUGGUCAGAGGCUGUGUUGGACCCAUGGUAGAAUUUUCCAGGUCACAGACCCAAGCUUCUAUGGGGUGUGACUGAGCUAUACCACUUGGUGGAUCUGAUUCUGAACCUGAUGUGUGUGUUUAUUAUAUUUUAAAUCAAGCAGUAUAAACACACACACUUGCCUCAUGUAAUGGAAUUUUAUAACAAAAGAAAACCUGGAUUUCUAAUUUACAAAUGGCAAAUUAUUUAUCCCUCUCUGGAUGCACCAAAGACCAGUAAAGUUUAUAGCUUUUCCAUCUAUAUUUAUAAAGCAAUACUGUAUUAUAAAAAUCAAUAUUUUUAUCACAUGCUUGAAAUUUUUAUUUUGUUCUGUUUUAAAAUGUGCACUCUAAACAUAUCAGAACCUUGUUUCUUCCUAUGAACUUAAGCUGCCUGCGCACAAAAGAAAUUUUACCGCAUGGAAAUGCAGUAGAGUCCACUGGCUCUUAAAAACAAAGAAGAAAUGAGGGGAAAAAAGUGAUUUGUCCUGAAUUACUGUUCUCGCUUGACAUGGUUGAUAGGUACUAAAUCACAAAAGAAUCCAUUCCAGGUGUGCAUGUCUGGGAGUUGGGCUGUGUCUAGAUUAGAAACUUGAUUCAAGCUUUGCAUGAUGGGAGAAUGUCUUCUCCUAUCAUCUGCUCUUGUUCUGGAGAGAACGGUAGCCCGAAGAUGGAACCACCUUCAGUACCACCAACCUACCAUAUCAAGUAACAAGGCAGGAAUUAUAGGUAUUUACUGAGUCUGUUUUGGAAAUGGUAAACAAGAUUGGCUAAAACUGUUUUGGGAGAGUUCAUGGUUCUUUGUUACCUUAUACCAGCUAUCUUUGGUAGAAGCUACAGCAUUCAGUUUCUCUGAAACUAUCACAUUUUUGCACUUAACAAAUUUUACAAUAUCAAAAAACCAAAAUCUGCUUAUAAAACAAAAUAUAAAGUGGAAAACAUUUGGAUUCUAUUUGUAAAAAAAUUCUUUGCAAAAUUGAAGUUAACUAUAAAAACAGUGUCCAUGUCAAACUUUUAAUUGUUAGCAGGUAGUUUGUGGCAAAGAUGGCUAGAUAAUGAAGCAAAUUUGAAUCUGUGUAUACUAAUGAGCUGCUUCUUCCUGUUGAGACUAUCAUUAUUUGUCUUACCCAAGAGGUAAUUAUCUGAAUUGGAUGUCUGAAAUAUAACUUAUGCAGGAAUAGUUCUGUAAAUACAUUUAAAUAAACUGUAAAGAUAUUUAAUAAAUAUAGUAUUUAUACUAA